UUUAAUGCUUUGUGUUUUCAUCAUCUCUCUAAAUAAGUCUUCUCUCCAUAUAUAGCUCAAAUACAGAAUAAGCAAAAAUGAGAUCCGUCCAACUUGUGUUGGUCAAGCUUAUGAUCUUCCAAUUUAUCAUGUUAUUACAUGCUCAGGAUUUUGAUUUCUUCUACUUUGCUCAACAGUGGAAUCCAGCAUCAUGUGACAGCAAGAUAAAAUGCUGCUACCCAACAAAUGGGAAACCAGCAGAAGAUUUCUUAUUUCCAAGCUGCUCUUGCCUUGAAGGAAAAGGUGAACCUGCUUCAAUUUCUCAACGAUGCAGGUAUUAAACCAGAUGGAGGAUUUUAUAGCUAUGAAGCAAUCAAAGAAGCAAUAGAAAAAGGCAUUGGACAUACUGUUGGUGUAGAAUGCAUUACUGAUUUAUUUGGGAAUAGCCAGCUUUUUGAGGUUUAUGUUUGUGUUGAUAAAUCAGGUUCGAAAAUCAUUGACUGCCCAAUUGUCCCAGAAAGUAAGAGAUGUAAAGAAACUAUUGAAUUUGCUGUCUUCGAAUCAGAAAGUCUCCUUGAUGAGAAAUCUGCCUAUUCGCUCUAGAGAGACUCUUCUUGGCUAGGAAAUUAUUCUUCUUGUAUUUAAUUUCAAUUUUUUUUUUUUUUUUUGCGGGGGUUAUAAGUUUUAUGUUUUAGUCAACUCUGUGUUGGAUGUCUUUAAACAGCCUCUCUAUAUUUGCUUGAUGGUUCUACUCAUUCAUUUGGGUAUUUGACACCUUUCCUUUGUUUAAUUUUUCAGUUGUGUUAUUGUCCUUGAUUUGAUUACAAUGAUUCUAAUUUUAGGAA